AUGUCCGACGUCGACGCGGCGGGCACGACACCGCCCCCAGUCCCCCUGAUACCUAUCGCCCUCCCUACGCCUGCACUCACGCCAAGCGUCCUCGCUGGCCCGUCUCACCACCACUGUCCUCGGCCCCAAGCCCCGGGUCGCGUGAACUACCGCCACUCCGAGCUGCACCUGUUUCCUCCGGGCUCAACCAUCGACCUGUCGCCCGCCUUCGCCAUCAAUCCCAAUCCAAAUUCCACCCGCAUCAUCACCGUCACCCAGCUGCGAGCCCUCCCGAGCGAGAACCUCACACACUGGCCUGCACUCUCGCGCUCGCAGGGCCAUGUGGUGAUUCACCGCACCGUGCCGCUUGGAAUCCGGCCAAGCCCCGACGAUGCGCGUCGCCGUGAGAGCUGCAUGAAGGGCCAAGCAAGUGGGGAUCUGGGGGUGGGUGCGAGUGACAACCCCGAGCAAGUCACCCCGCACGCGCCAGCACCGGAAACCAGCGAGACGGUUCCAGACUCCACAGCGACAAGCGACGGGUCGCUUGUGACGACAGACGAGUCCAUGACGACAAUGACACCCGCGAUCGCCACUCCUCCCCUGGCGCUCUUUGGGCCCGACGUCGCCGCGCUGCUCGCCAUACGUAUCGCCGAAGGCACCUUUUCUCCACUCGCAUCGGGGACAUGCUCGCCUACCCGUCCCACACCUCCUGGGUCCGCACCGCCAACAGACGCACACGUACACUCACCCCGAACCGCUCGGCGGCCGCGGGCCUGGUCCUCGUCCCUCCCCGAAGCGUGGUGGGCGCCCACGCCGUCUGUGCGUGCAGCCGCAUGGUCCGUUCUGGAAGACCAACACGCGACUCCAGGCCUGGACCGCGACGAUGAAGCAGAAGGAGAAGGGGUGGGCGUGUUGGCCUGGUCCGAUGGUGGCGGGUUCACCACACGUCUCGGGUCGUAUGUCUUCUCGCCGCCAUUCUCAUCCAGCGAGGUCGCGUACCUCCGCGCCAUGGUGCCGACAACUGGCAGCCCCGGGGAUACACCGAGUGCAGCCCAUACCCCGGAAUCCAGUCCCCGCCACAUCUCCAUGAGCAUGACCGCACACGCCCCAUCGACGUCGUCGCCUGAGUUUGCGUCUUUGCCAAUGGAACGCGUCCUCGGCUCGCCACUUCUCGGCACCGCCACCCCUCCGUUCCCAGACUUGGACCUACCCCCAGGCGUGACUCCCUCUCCCACGCCCACAUCGCCCGGUGUUGUCAGACUAGGCAGCGGCUUGCGUUCAAGGACGCACAGCGCAGGCCGUAUCCCCCGUUCGUCCGUGCCGUGA